AUGAGGUACUUCCUAACUUACCUGUUCGCGCUGUUGGUGGUGGCCGUGAUUCCAGUAGUGUCUAUGUUCUAUCUUCUCCAAGGAAAGGGUGAGCAACUCAGCGUUGGAUGGUUCCUGGAGAACACGUCCCCCUACAUGUGGGGUACGUUGGGAAUCGCGUUCGCCGUGUCUCUGUCAGUAGUGGGUGCAGCUAUGGGCAUCCACACGACGGGAGUGAGCAUAGUCGGAGGAGGUGUCAAAGCUCCCAGAAUUAAGACCAAGAACUUGAUCUCCGUCAUCUUCUGCGAAGCCGUCGCCAUUUAUGGAUUGAUCACUGCCAUCGUGCUGUCUGGAAUGCUGGAAAGAUACACAGAGCCCCUGAUUGAUAUCAGUAUCAAGCAACAGAACUGGAUGGCUGGGUAUGUGAUGUUUGGAGCUGGUCUGGCCGUGGGUACCGUCAACCUGUUCUGUGGUAUCGCCGUGGGAAUUGUAGGAUCUGGUGCUGCCCUGGCCGAUGCAGCCAAUGCUGCUCUGUUUGUCAAGAUCCUAAUUGUAGAGAUUUUCGGAUCAGCCAUUGGUCUCUUUGGUCUUAUUGUUGGUAUCUACAUGACAUCAAAGUGCAAAAUGGGCAACCAGUAA